UCUGGUGUUUCUGAUUUUGAUUGUUAUCAAUGCGGCGAACCUGGACACUUUGCUCGGGAGUGCCACCUGCGUGUGGGUUCACAAAGAUGUCAAAGUCACACAAGAUCCCGCAGGAGCCCAAGCAAUGGUCGAAGGUUUUUCACUGUGGCCUCUUCUCGAAGAUCUCCGACCCCUACCCACUUGAGAGCCGCACAAAUGGAUUCCGAAGAACUAAAUGACCGGAUUGUUAAACUCGAGAAUCAGAUGAGUGUACUCAAGAUACUGCUGCCACAAUUCAUCGAUUGUUUUCACCUGAUCAAAGAACUUUUGCGUCCUCUGCCUCAAGCCGAGGCGACAGCUUCUGCAUCAGCUCCCAAAGAACUUGACGUCGGCUCUAAUGGUAGACCGGUCUCGAAUGACGGCCCCUCCGAUGCUCCAGAUGUGGAGGAGUUAAAUCCUGUAAUUCCCAAGAUAGUGGCGCGAAGGGAAGAAGACAGGAAUAAUAAGCGGAUAGCCAAAUUAGAAGAAAAACUCAGGCUGUUGCAAGGACUGGACGGAAUCGAAGACCUUUCGUACUACGCUAAAUUUCAAGUACCGGAGACAUUUAAGAUGCCUAAGUUCAACAAGUACGACAGCUCCGGGAAUCCAAUAGUUCAUCUCAAUCAUUUUAUGAUGAAGAUGGCACGCCAUGCCGAGAACGCGCCACUUAUGAUUCUAGCUUUCCAAUACAGCUUGACGGGACCGGCGCUGCAAUGGUUCUUCAUGCGCAGGGUUCAUAUGCUGGAUACAUGGGAGGAGGUGUCGGACGCCUUCCUGCUACAGUAUAAGUUUAACGCGGACUUAGCCCCCGCUCGUGACGACUUGAGGCGAGCAGAGAUGAAGAGGGGCGAGUCAUUUGGAGCCUAUGCGCGAAGGUGGCAUAGCUUAGCGGCGCAAGUAUGGCCGGCUUUGUCAGAUAAAGAGAUGACAGAUCUUUUUGUGAGAACUCUGCCAUUGGAAUAUUUCAUCCGGAUGAUAGGCUGCGAUACCUUCCCAAACAUAGUGAUGGUGGGAGAGCGCAUUGAAGGAGCGAUCCGGGAUGGUCAAUUGGCUGCUUGAGCUGGGGCAAAGCAGCUCUCAAUGAUUUCUUUGCUUUAAACCCAACUUUUAUAUAGUGCU